AUGGUAGAGGAAAUCAUAGAAGAUGGACUUUACGAAAAGAAAUUUGACAAAGUUUCGUAUCAGGAAUACCCAUCCGAUGAUUAUGCUUUUUCAAACAGUGGUUAUGUGAGUUUUGCAUCUAGAACUAGAACAUUGGAGAAGAUUAUGAAAGAAUUGAAAGACUCAACAGUUGAUAUGAUUGGAGUUUAUGGGCCUUCUGGUAUGGGUAAGACCUUUUUAGUUAAAGAAAUUGCUAAGAAAGCUAAAGAAAAGUUGUUCAAGAGAGUGAUCAUAGCAAAUAUUACAGGAAAUCCUGAUUUCGAAAAAAUUCAAGGACAAAUUGCUGGCAUGCUAGAUAUGACAUUGGAAGAGACAAAUGAGUUUGCUAGAGCAAAUCGUAUUCGAAAGAAGUUAAAGAAAGAUAAAAAGAACACCCUUAUUAUCCUUGAUGAUCUCUGGGAUGAAUUGGACUUGAAUAGACUUGGGAUUCCAUGUAAUGAUGAUGAUGGUGAUGAAGAAGAUGAUGCAAGCCGACGGGAUGCCAAUGACAUAGAUAACAAGUUUGAUUACAACAAGAAAGAAAAUAAUGAGUUGUUAAAAGUUGAUUUGAAUAAGAUGAAAAAGGAAAAGUCAUCCAACAGUUACAAAGGAUGCAAAAUUCUUCUAACAUCUAGAAAGAAAGAAGUAUUAUGUGAUGAAAUGAAUGUGCAAUUGACCUUUUCGGUGGAAAACCUUAAUGAAAAGGAGGCAGCGACUUUGGUUAAGAAAGUUGCUGAUGUAAAAACUUCCGAGUUUGAUAGGAAUGCUAUUGAAAUUGCAAAAUGGAGUGGACUUCCGAUGGCGUUAGUUUCCAUAGGAAAGACACUGAAGAAUAAAAGCUUAUCCGCUUGGGAGGACAUUUGUCAAAAAAUUAAAACAGAAAUUUUUACGGAAGAAUGGGGAUUUACUGAUUUCUCUAUAAAGUUGAGCUAUAAUGAACUAAAAAGUGAGCAGUUAAAGCGAGUCCAAACAAUUACACAUGCCAGGAAAAGGGUACAGAGGAUGAUAGAAGAACUAGAAGAAUCGAGUUUGUUGGUGAGAAGUUAUUCUACUGAUCGUUUCAACAUGCAUGACAUUGUGCGAGGUAUUGCUCUUUCGAAAUCCAAAGAAAAACAAGUGUUUUUUAUGAAAAAUGACAUACUUGACGAGUGGCCUCAUGAAGAUGACUUUGAAAGGUACACUGCCAUUUUUUUACACUCUUGUGACAUCAAAGAUGAGCUUCCUAAGAGAUUACAUUGUCCUCGAGUUGAAGUCUUACAUAUUGACAAUAUCACUGAAUCUUUCAAAAUACCAGAUUACCUUUUUAAAUUUAUGAUUCGACUCAGAGUGUUGGUAUUGACCGGUGUUAAUCUAUCUCGCUUACCUUCAUCAAUUAAAUGCCUAAAAAAACUAAGAAUGCUUUGUUUGGAGAGAUGCACUUUAGGAAAGAACUUAUCAAUCAUUGGUGAGUUAAAGAACUUACGAAUUCUUAGUCUUUCAGGAUCUAAUAUUGAAAGUUUGCCUCUUGGAUUUGGGCAAUUAGAUAAGCUUCAGCUUUUCGACAUAAGCAAUUGCCCAAAACUAAGAGAAAUACCUUCCAAUAUCAUACCAAGGAUGAACAUUUUAGAGGAAUUUUAUAUUAGAGAGAGUCUGAUUUUAUGGGAGGCUGAGGAAACGGAAAGUAAAAAUGCUAGUCUCUCUGAGUUGAGGCACUUGAAUCACUUGCAAAAUCUAGACAUACACAUUCAAAGUUAUGCCCAUUUUCCGCAGAACUUUUUUUUGGACAAGUUGAAUAGUUACAAGAUUGUCAUUGGUGAAUUCAACUUACUUAACUUGCUUACAGUUGGAGAAUUCAAAGUCCCUGACAAGUAUGAGGAGGUGAAAUUUUUGGCAUUAAAGCUAAAAGAAGGUAUUGAUAUUCAUUCUGAUAAAUGGAUUAAAAUGUUGUUCAAAACUGUCGAAUGUUUGCUGCUAGGAGAACUCAAUGAUGUUCGAGAUAUUUUCUAUGAAUUAAAUGUCGAAGGAUUUCCAAAUUUGAAACAUUUAUCCAUUGUAAACAAUUUUGGCAUUAAGUAUAUUAUCAAUCCAAGGGAGCGGUUUCACUCUUUAGUCGCUUUUACCAAAUUAGAGUCCAUAUGGCUUUACAAAUUGGAUAAUUUGGAAAUAAUAUGUGACAAUCAGCUUGAAGAGACCUCUUUCCGCAAUUUAAAGGUCAUCAAGAUUAAAACCUGCAUUAAAUUGGUAAACCUUUUCCCAUUUUGCAUGGUUAGACUCCUCACUGAGCUUGAAACAAUUGAAGUGUGUGACUGUGAUUCUUUGAAGGAGAUAGUUUCAAAAGAAAGACAAACUCAAACUAUGAGUGAUGAGAUGAUUGAGUUUCCCAAGUUACGACAAUUAACAUUAAAGUCUUUACCAACAUUUAUUUGUUUAUAUGACGUUGAUGAGAUGCUUGGUAGUGUACCAUUGCUGCAAGGCCACGAGAACACAAAUAUUGUUACUAACGCUGAGCAUGGGGUCACCAAUUCUUGCCUUCCACUCUUCAAUGAAAAGGUUUCAAUCCCCAAAUUAGAAUCUUUGGAGUUAUCCUCAAUCAACAUCCAAAAGAUAUGGAGUGAUGAAUAUGACCAUUGUUUUGAAAAUUUGCUCACAUUGAAUGUGACCGAUUGCGGUAAUUUAAAGUAUUUACUAUCAUUCUCUAUUGCUGAAAGUUUGGUGAAUCUUGAAAGCAUUUUUGUAAGUGGAUGUGAAAUGAUGGAAGAUAUAUUUCGUCCGGAAGAUGCAGAGUAUAUUGAUGUUUUUCCUAAGUUGAAGAAAAUGGAGAUUAUCUGCAUGGAGAAACUCUGUACAAUUUGGAAAUCUGAUAUUGGUUUACAUUCCUUUAGUAAUUUGAACUCUUUGAUGAUAAGAGAGUGCCAUAAACUUGUUACAAUUUUUCCUAAUUAUAUGGGGCAAAGAUUGCAAAGCCUUCAAAGCUUGACAGUUAAAGAUUGCAAAUUGGUUGAAAACAUAUUUGAUUUUGCAAAUAUUCCGCACACUUGUGAUAUUAUUGAAGCAAAUUUGGGUAAUAUAUUUCUAGAAAACCUGCCAAAUUUGGUGAACGUAUGGAAGGGUGACACUGGUGAAAUACUCAAAUGUAAUAAUUUGCAAAGCAUAAGAGUUAAUGUGAGUCCAAAAUUGAAAUAUCUCUUUCCAGUUUCUAUUGCCAAUGACCUACAAAAACUAGAAGUCCUUGAGAUAUGGGAUUGUUGGGCAAUGACAGAGAUUAUUGCUUUGGACAAACAUUCAAGUGCAACUGCUAUCACCUUUAAAUUUCCUCAUCUAAACACUCUAUCAUUAAUAGACUUGCAUGAAUUGAGGAGUUUCUACUCAGGAAUUCAUACUUUAGAGUGGCCACCAUUAAAGAAAUUGAAAAUAGUCGACUGUAGCAUGCUCAAAGGAUUGACUUCAGAAAUCACAAAUUCAUCAGAACAACCAAUUGUUUUAGCAACAAAAAAGGCAAUAUAUAAUUUGGAAUACAUGUCGGUGAGCUUGAAGGAAGCAGAGUGGUUGCAAAAAUACAUUGUUAAUGUUCACAGAAUGCACAAACUAGAAGAACUUAAUUUGUACCGGUUGAAGAAUAAUGAAGUUCUCUUUUGGUUUCUUCACAGACUUCCCAAUUUGAAAAGUUUAACAUUGGGACUUUGUCACAUAAAAAGAAUUUGUACUCGUGAAAGUCUUAGUUCACCUGAAAAAAUAGGUGGUGUUAUGCAACUUAAAGAGUUAGAAUUACGUAGCAUGUGGUUUCUAGAGGAGAUUGGUUUUGAGCAUGAUGUGCUUCUUCAAAGGGUAGAACGCUUAAUCAUCAGUGGAUGCAAAAAAUUGAGAAAUCUAGCAUCAUCCUCGGUAUCUUUUAGUUACUUAACAUCCUUAGAAGUGGUGAACUGUAUGAUGAGGAAUUUAAUGACACUCUCAACUGCUAAAACCUUAAAUCAACUCACAACGAUGAAGGUAAGUUCAUGUCCAUUAAUUGUGGAAAUUGUUGCAGAAAAUGAAGAGGAAAAAGUACAAGAGGUUGAGUUUAAACAAUUAAAAUCAUUAGAAUUGGUGUCUCUACAAAAUCUCACAAAUUUCUCUAAUGUUGAGAAGUGUGACUUAAAAUUCCCACUACUAGAAAAAUUAGUAGUAAGUGAAUGCCCUCAACUGAAAAAGUUAUCUGAAGUCCAAAGUGCUCCAAAGCUACAAAAAGUACAUGUUGAAGCAGGAGAAAAAGACAAAUGGUAUUGGGAAGGUGAUCUGAAUGCCACUCUACAAACACAUUUCACAAACCAGGUUUCUUUUGAAUAUUCAAAGGAUAUAAAUCUUGUUGAUUAUCCCGAGAGGAAAGAUCGACGUGGUAAAUUUGCUUUUCCGGACAAUUUCUUUGGUUGUUUGAAGAAAUUGGAAUUUGAUGAAGCAUAUAAAAAAGAUACUUUGAUUCCCUCUCAUGUACUACCAUACUUGAAGAACCUAGAAGAAUUGAAUGUGGAGAAAUGCGAAUCAGCACAACUAAUAUUUGACAUAGAUGAGAGUAAGAUCCAGACGUAUGGAAUGGUGUUUCGUUUGAAAAACCUUACUUUACAACAAUUGUCAAAUUUAAAAUGUGUAUGGAAGGAAAACCGGAAAGGAAUUGUAAGUUUUCCCAAUUUGAAUACGGUUGUUGUUACUGAUUGUGAAGGCUUGGUAACACUGUUCCCUUCAUCCCUUGCUAGAAAUUUUAAGAAGCUUAAGAAUCUUAUAAUAUGGAGGUGUGAGAAAUUGGUAGCAAUAGUUGGAAAGGAAGAUGGAACGGAACAUGAAACGACAAUAAUGUUUGAAUUUCCUUGUUUAGCCCAACUAAAAAUUUUGAAUAUGACACUGUUAAGUUGCUUUUAUCCUGGAAAGCAUCAACUAGAAUGUCCCUUAUUAAAAGUCUUGUAUGUGGCCGGUUGUCCUAAACUGAAACUAUUCACAUCAGACUCUAAAAAAGGAGAUAUGGAGGCCCCAAUCAGAUCGCUACAACAAGCUUUGUUCUUAGUUGAAAAGGUUUCUCCCAAACUGACGGACUUGGCACUCGAUGAGGAAAACAUUAUGUUAUUUAGAGAAGAAAAUUUGCCACAAAACCUUCUUUGCAACCUAAGUCGACUUUGCUUGUGCUUUGAGGAUGAUUACAAUGAGAAAGAUAGUUUGCCUUUUGAGUUAUUUCACAAGCUACCCAAUUUAAAACAUCUUAUGGUAGAUAAUGGCUUUGGUCUGAAGGAGAUAUUUCCCUCUCAAAAGCUUCAAGUUCACGACAAAGUACUUGCUGGAUUGGAAGUAUUAAUUUUGUUGCAAUUAAAGGACUUAGAGUGUAUAGGUUUAGAGAACAUGUGGGUACAACCAUACUCCAGAAAACUCGAACUGUUACAGCUUUACAAGUGCCCUCUAGUUGAAAGAAUAGCUUAUUGUGCGGUGUCAUUCAUCAAUCUUAAAUAUUUAUGUGUGACUUACUGCGAAAGAAUGGAGUGUUUAUUCACGUUUGCAACACUUAAAAGUUUGGUGAAACUUGAGACUCUAACCAUAAAGAACUGUGAAUCAAUCAAAGAAAUUGCAAGAACUGAAGAGGAAGAUGGUUGUGAUGAGAUUAUAUUUGGACGACUCACAUCAAUUAACCUGGAAUACUUACCGAGGCUAAUAAGCUUUUAUUCAGGAAAUGCUACCUUUCAAUGCCCUUGUUUACAAAAUGUGAUCGUAGCUGAAUGUCCCAAUAUGACGACUUUCUCUGAAGGAGUUAUAAAACUAGCAAUGUUUUUGGGGAUUCAAACAUCUGAAGAUUCUGAUUUCACUUUCCACGUCGAUCUCAACACAACUGUCGAAAGGUAUACAAAUACGAACUAA